AUGGGCUACGUGAGUCCCGACGCAUACGAGCGAGCCAUGAUGGAAAAGAAAAGUAUUCGAGCUGCCUUGGUUGCAAGACAGUCUGAGGCAGCCUUCAAGGAGGCCUUUGAAACGCCGAAGAAAAAGCCAGUUGGACCUCGUCGUCCGCCAGCCUCCCCUGUCUCUCCGCGCCGUCGACCUGUCCCUUGUUCACCUGUCGGUACUAGUGCAGCUGAAAUGCAAACUGCUCAUAUCGAACAGACUAUUAUCAGAGCCCCGCCAUCCACUCCACGCAUCAGCCGAGACGAGAACGUACAUCCGGAACCCGGCAACUGGGACGAAUUCUCCUUCACAGUCAAGCCGGAGGUUCUGUCCCGCGAGCCGCCCACUCUCAGCAAGCAACCUAGCAGCAAAGAUUUGAUGAGUCUUAUUCUUACGGCAAAAGCGUCGAGCGGGAGAAGGACCUUUACGAAGGAGAGGGGAUCAAUGAGGGAGAUUGACAUGAAUGUGGAUGUGAAACCAUCCCAUGACAACGUACUGAACGGAGGAACCAGCCUGAAGAUGGAUUACAUCCAAAUGCCUCGUCCUUGUGUCACACGCUCCGUCAGCUCCGUGUAA